UCAAAACGUUUUCAAACGACUUCAAAAACUCGCAUUAGCCGGUUGCGCGGUACGUUGAAUAAAAAAAAUAUAAUUUAAAAAUAAUAUUCACUUUAUAAAUCAAAGACAAUAAGUGUAGUGUACUAUUGCAGUGCGACUGCAUAUUUCAUCUAUUUAGUAAAAAAAGAUGGGUGAUCUCGCAAAGAGGAUCGGCUUUGACGAGCUGACGAACGGCGCAGCGGGGAUCGGCAAGGCUCUCGCGGCGGAAUUUAUCGGUAACCUUCUGCUGAACCUGUUCGGAUGCGGUUCAGUCAUUAACGUGAAAAAUGGUGUCGACGCACCCGUCAACAUCAUCCUCGUCGCGCUGACUUUCGGUUUUACUAUCUUCGCUGCUGUAUCUGCAAUAGGCCACAUAUCCGGCGGUCACCUCAACCCAGCAGUGACAGUAGGCCUCGCAUCAGUGGGACGGGUGAAGCCUGUGCGAGCGAUUCUGUACAUCGUGGCCCAGUGCGCCGGAGCAUGCGCCGGCUCCGGCCUUCUGAAAGCCCUGACGCCGGACCGGGUUGCCGGCAAUCUUGGCAUGACCACUUUAGGCACUGAUGUCACUUCCUUGCAAGGAUUCGGCAUUGAAUUCUUCCUUGGAUUUGUUCUCAUCUUCGUUGUGUGUGGUGUAUGCGACCCUCACAAGCCAGACGCGAAGGCUACAGCCCCGCUGGCCAUCGGGCUGACGGUGGCGCUCGGACACCUGAUGGCCGUGGACUACACCGGCGCCUCCAUGAACCCGGCGCGCUCCUUCGGCUCGGCCAUCGUGCAUGCCGUCAUAUGGGAGAACCACUGGGUGUACUGGGCGGGCCCCGUGGCGGGAGGAGUGGCGGCCGCUCUGCUGUACGUGCACGUGUUCUCGGCGCCCGCUGUCGACAGCCCGCACUACAGACCCGUCGCCACCGACGACAAGGAGUUGAAACGACUGGGCGGCAAAUCUGAGGCCUGAAACGGCACUUCUGGUUGGCGGAGGCAACGCCCCGCGCCCCUCUCCGUCCCCAGCGACACUCGACCAGCUGCCAGACCAUUGUGAGGAAUCCACCACACACCAUAAUACACAAACCAUAGUAUUGAAUCUAAUUAAUUUACAUUCGGCAAUUAAUUUUAGAAUUGAAACUGAAGCGUGUAUUAGCUACGACGUAGCUGCUACGACUCAAGACGGUUACGGCGUAGCUGCGUCUACGCAUCUCGUAGCUUGCGGCUACCAAUUAUAAAUAUUUUUAUUCAUUUGUGUCAUUGACCCCGUUUCACUUAAAACGUUAGAUAUUUGUUAAUUAUAUUAAGAGAUCCCAUCAGAUACUUGUGCAAUUGUGCGUUGAGAGAUCAUUUGUGGUUGAGAGUUAUCAUUGUAUCGCCGAAAUGAUUUUCGACGGGCAAGUAUAUUUAAUACCAUUUAACGAACCAAGUUUUAAAAAAAAUGUAGCUUUCAUGUCAUUAUUUAUUUUAGAGAUUAUGGAUUAAUAUUAUAUACGAAUAUUACAUAACCAUAUACAUAAAUGGUCCGAUAACUUGGGAUGCUGACGACCGUGCGAAGUGGAGACGAAAAAGUAGGAAAGUGGAACCUGGGCUCCGACGCUCAACGGCUGUGGAAGAAAACAGGAACAGAGAGAGAGAACCAUAGACAUAAAUUAACUCGUUAAAACUUAACACCCACGCCAAGUCGCACGAUCGUAAAGUAGCUUUUGUGCAAUGUGACGAUUUCUCACUGUACAACAAUACAGUGCCCAAAUAUGUAGAAAUACUCGCUCGCCUCUCUUCCGUCCAAAAGAUAUGUAACUAUUUCGUUUCUAUGCGGGAGUUCUCAUCUUCAUAAAAACUUUACUGUAAUUUUAUAAGUAUAUAUUUUUGGAAGUACGUAGUUUUUAUUUCAAAGUAAGAUAUGUAAUGUAAUUCUUACCUAAUAUAUUUUUUAUAAAUUAAUAGAUCUAUCAUAAACGUCACGCUUUUAUAACAGUAGGUUUAAUAUCAUUUUAUAUAAGACCUCCGAAUUCCCAUUUUUUCGAAUAUUAUCAAAAUGUACCUACAUCUAUGUAGAUUAUAUUUUAUUAUAUUUUACUAUUUGAGAUUUAUUUAAUCGUAAUGUAGUAAUUUAAUGCAGUACUAGUUAAGUAAGAAAAUGUUAUAUAUUGACAAAAUAAUUACUCAUUUUAGAUAAAUGUUAAUGUACCUAGAUAUACACCUAUACAGUAAAAAAUAUAUCAUGCUAUCUAUUAAUGUAGCAAUUAAAAUUUUACAUCUAUUCAUACUAUUCAUAAGUGUAAGUAUUUAAAACUUACGAAUAUCUAAUGUAUGAUUGAAACCAUUUUAUUGCAAGAAUGAUCGUUAAAUUAUGGGUGUGUGAAACUGUCCUCUGUCUGUAUUAUUAAGAACAAAUUAAAUAUUUUUUAUUUAUAA